GGGGAGUUUUUGGAGAUGUCUGCUCAGGAGUGCACUCAGUGUGCAGCAGGAACAUAUUCCCUUGGCAGCGGAAUCCGCUUUGACGAAUGGGACGAGAUUCCGGCUGGAUUCAGUAGCUUAGCAACCUACAUGGACAAUGGACCACACAGAGAAGAUGGUCUUUCCUGCACCAGUUCGUCCUGGGUCCCCCAGGGCAGUUACCUGGAGUCAAACAGAGAUGAGUGCAGUGUCUCUCUGAUCUAUGCAGUGCACCUGAAGAAGCAGGGCUCCGUGUCUUUUGACUACCAGUUUGUGGACAACAACAUCUUUUUCGAGUUCUUUAUUCAGAAUGACCAGUGUCAGGAGAUGGACCAGACUUCAGAUAACAAGUGGAUAAAACUCACCAGCAACGGAGAGUGGGGCACGCACACAGUGAGUCUGCAGUCAGGCACUAACAUCCUGUACUGGAGGACCACAGGUGUUACCGUGGGGACUAAGGUGGUGAAACCAGUCUUACUGAAGAACAUUCAGAUUGAAGGUGUUGCGUACACGUCUGAGUGUUUCCCCUGUAAGCCUGGUACGUUCAGCAGAGCCCCUGGCUCCUCCUCCUGUGAGCCCUGUCCUAGAGACACUUACUCAAGCAGAGGGGCCAGCUCCUGCACACCCUGUAACACAACUACACACUACGCCUCUGAGGGCUCCAGUCAGUGUAGGCCUCGUCCUCCCUGUGGGAAGAGAGAUUAUUUCCAGAUCCACACCACAUGUGAUGAGGAAGGAAAGACCCAACUCAUCUAUAAGUGGAUAGAGCCCAAGGUUUGUCUGGAGGAUCUGCCUGGGGCUGUAACACUGCCCCCUUCUGGUGAACGUGAGCCGUGUCCACCCUGUAACCCUGGUUACUUUAACAACAACACCGCCACCUGUACUCCCUGUCCUACCGGAACCUACUCAGAUGGGGUCAAAGCAUGCCAGCCGUGCCCCGCGGGCACAGAGCCCGCCCUGGGCUACGAGUACAAGUGGUGGAACGUCCUGCCCCCCAACAUGAAGACGUCCUGUUUCAACGUGGGCAACUCCAAAUGCGACGGCAUGAACGGCUGGGAGGUUGCCGGAGACCAUAUCCGCAGUGGAACAGGGGGCUCUGAUAAUGACUACCUCAUUCUCAACCUGAAAGUACCUGGAUUCAGGCUGCCCACUUCAGUCACUGAAACAAGCAGUAAUGAAUAUGGACGAAUCACCUUUGUGUUCGAAACCAUCUGUUCAGCUGACUGUGAGCUCUACUUCAUGAUGGACGUGAACAGGAGGAGCACAAACGUGGUGGAGUCUUGGGAGGGCAGGAAGGAGAAACAAUCCUACACACACGUCAUGACCCGGAACGCCUCAGUGUCCUACACGUGGGCUUUCCAACGGACCAACCAGGCUAAGGACGUGCGUCAGUAUGUGACUGACGUGGUGAAGAUUUACUCCAUCACUGUGGUGAAUGCCCUGGAUGGGUUGGCAUCAUCCUGUCGAGCCUGUGCCAUGGGCAGUCAGAGGGCAGGCUCCUCCUGUGUGCCCUGCCCUGCCGGACACUACAUCCACAGAGACACCAGCCAGUGCCGCGAGUGCCCGCCUAACACCUUCCUCUCUGGGCACCACAUCUACGGCAGAGAGGCCUGCCAACCCUGCGGCCCUGGCAGCAAGAGCGAUAAGGAGCAUCGCGUGUGUUUCAGCGACUGUGUGUUCUCUCACACUGAGCGAAAUCUGACUCUACAGUAUGACUUCAGUGCUUUGAGUCAAGCAGGCUCAAUCAUGAAUGGACCCAGCUUCACCUCCAAAGGCACCAAGUAUUACCACUUCUUCAACAUCAGUCUGUGUGGAGCAGAGGGUCACAAGGCAGCAAUCUGUUCAGAUAAUGUGACAGAUUUGUCCAAUAAGGAUUCCCACAGUGAAGAGGAACCUGAACUAACCAACUCAGUGGAGAGCUUCAUCUGUCAAUCAACCAUAAUCCCCUCAGAUGGGCGGGGCUUCAGGACAGCUCUGUCCUCCCAGUCCAUCAGCCUGGCUGACACAUUCCUGGGAGUCACAGUGGAGAAGUCUCUCGGAGGUGUGACAGCUCAACCAGACCUCUUCUCCUCCCCCUCAAAGAAAGUUCCAGAUGUCAACCUCUUCUACCGCUCCACUGAAGCGACGUCAUCGUGUGAUAAAGGCAGAAACGCUGUGGUCACUCUGCGCUGUAACCCAGACAAAACCAGCAGAGGAGACUUAGCAGUGCCCAGUCAGUGCCCAGCGGGUACAUGUGAUGGCUGCACCUUUCACUUCUUAUGGGAGAGUGCCAGCGCAUGCCCACACUGCACUGAGGCUGACUACCACGAGAUAGAAGGAGCGUGCAAAGGAGGAGUACAGGACACUCUGUACGUGUGGAACGAGCCCAAGCUCUGUACAGGUGGUGUGUCUUUGCCCGGAAAGAGAACAUUAGCAUGUGAGACGAUGGAUUUCUGGCUGAAGGUCGGAGCAGGUCUGGGGUCAUUCUGUGCUCUUCUCCUCAUCUCCCUCACCUGCUACUUUUGGAAGAAGAAUAAAAAGCUGGAGUAUAAGUACUCGCGGCUGGUGAUGUCAGCCAAUAAGGAGUGUGAGUUGCCGGCAGCAGACAGCUGUGCCAUCAUGGAGGGGGAGGGCGAGGAGGUGGAGGAGGAGGUUGUUUACUCCAGUAAACCCUCACUACUGGGUAAACUGAAGGCCAUCGCCACAAAGGGUAACGAACAGAGCGGGGAGUCGGUCCAGCUCAGUUCCACCCAGCCUCAGAGAUGGGUAUGGGGAUAG